UGAUGAAAGCCAAACACUCCUUCUCUACGCAAAAGACGGCUAGAACUGUUGAUAAACUUCUAGCGAUGGGAAUAAAGUUAGGAGCGCUUGCCUUCAGCCUACUGAUCCUGCUACUGACUGGAAUUCCGGCCAAUGGGCGUUUGACCUACCAGCAGAAGAUACCAAACGGUGACAAGGUUCCUCACCCGUGUAAGAAAAACACAAUAUGGAAUGGAGUGGGACAUUUGAAUCAAAUAGGAGGCGGCAAGCGAAACCCUUUUGGGGUGGCAUUCAGUGAUGCUGGUUUCAAAUGGACCCGUUCGUUGUGCCAAGCGGAUUCGGAUAAAGACGGUAAAACCAAUGGAGAGGAACUAGGCGACCCUGGCUGCAUCUGGUCCGAAGGCAAAACGCCAAGUCGAGUCGUUGACAUCACACAUCCAGGGAUCUGUGAACCAGUAGACAGUCCGAGGUGCAGUUUUCAAACUUGGGUAUCUUGCACUGGGAAGAAGGAAAACUGCACUGGAAGGUACGAGGCUGGAGUGAGGACGACGGAUGUUAGGUUUCCCCGUACAAAAGUUCCAGCCCAGCUGACUACAUACUACUGUAAGACGAUGACACUGCCCCACGAUCAAGAUUACCACAUUACUGCAACUGAACCUGUUCUUGACAAUACAAAAGUAAUCCAUCAUAUGUUGCUGUAUGGUUGUGAUGGAGACAUGGAAAUAGAAGAGAAGCCAUUCAAUUGCGUCAUGGGAAGUGAUCGAUGCAAGGACCUGUUGGCAGGAUGGACUGUUGGCAGCGAAGGUUCAUGCAGCCCAGUUAAUGCUGGCUUUCGGUUCGGUAAGUCAGUGUACAAGUAUAUACAGCUGCAAGUGCAUUGGACGAACGACGCCAAAACUGCUGGCAUGUAUGACUCAUCUGGAAUCAGAUUGUACUAUACACCGAAUCUUAGAAAAUACGACCUCGGCAAAAUGAUGACUGGACAGAUGCACCUGGAGCUUCCACCCGGAAAAAAAGAGAUAAUCACUUCUGGAACAUGCAGUCCAUCCUGCACAAAGUCGAUGCUCGAUGGAUAUGGCUCAAUCAACAUCACUGGCGCCAGUUUACAUGCUCAUUUUCUGGGUAGAUCCUUGUCCUUAGUUCAUAUACGCAAUGGAAAGCAGUUACGAUACCUGGCCAAAGAUGACGUAUUUAGCUACAACAACCCAACAAGUACCUCUUUCCAGCCUCCUGUGCAAUUUCUACCAGGUGAUGAGCUUCGAACCACGUGUACUUACGACACAACGAAACGACAGAAAACGACCUAUUACGGGGAUGGAACUUACGAUGAAAUGUGUUUCGGCUUUUUUGAUUAUUACCCAAAGAUACCUAGGACACGACAGCGCCUUUGCAUUGCCUACGAGAGAUACACAUUUUGCGACAUGAAAGUUGGAAAUGUGUCUCUACACAACCACAAGUUUGGAACUUGCGACUUCAAAGAAUUUGAAGAGCAAAACUACCCUGCCAACAUCCUUACUUCAUGUGGGCCUAAACCAACGUCCUGCUCAAAAGAUUGCAAAUACUACGUUGACAAAAUGACGUCACAUCGUUGCAUGAAAGGAGGGGAAAGAAAUAUUUACAACCGAGAGAUGAAAUCCAAAGCGAACCACACGGCACAAGCGGUAUGGAAGGCGAUCAAUGUAUGUGGAAAGUAUGUUGGAAGCGCUGCACCGAGGCUCGCUGACAUCAAUGCGAGGAUGAUUGCAAGUUUGGUUGCCUUUUUGUGCAUUAUGUUGCACCUUAACGCUUUUCUACCUUAACUGAACAAUGAGGUGCGUUGGCAACACUCCUCUCUAGCUAUUGUGUAAUCCCUGCUUGAACAUUUUCUAUCGCUGUUUAUUUUCCAUUUAUAUCAUACAUGAAUAGAAAAAGUUGAUAUUUUUCUGCUUAA